CCUCGGUUGGGGUUGCCCCUCGGCUUUUCCCCGGCUCACGUCGAGAUCUUGGUUCGAGUGACCCGGGGUGUGGGACCUGGAAGUUUUAGCCUAGCUGUUCUCGAGGCGGAGAAAUUAGCCCAAGAAACGUUAUAUUCAUGCUUAGGUGGAGAAAAGCAGGGCUAGAAUUGGAACCCAAAGCCCAGAAUGGCAGGAGAGGAUGUGGGGGCUCCACCCGAUCACCUCUGGGUUCACCAAGAGGGUAUCUACCGCGACGAAUACCAGCGCACAUGGGUGGCCGUUGUGGAAGAGGAGACAAGUUUCCUAAGGGCACGAGUCCAGCAAAUUCAGGUUCCCUUAGGUAACGCAGCUAGGCCAAGUCACCUUCUUACCUCCCAGCUACCUCUCAUGUGGCAACUCUACCCGGAGGAGCGCUACAUGGAUAACAACUCUCGCUUGUGGCAGAUACAGCAUCAUUUAAUGGUCAGGGGAGUACAGGAGCUGUUGCUUAAGCUUUUGCCUGAUGAUUAACCCGGUGCUGGGAUUCUAGGAAGAUAUGCUCCUCUGUUCUGUUCAGUAUAUGGCAAUCACUUCAUCCACCACUGCAGUGCACCCACCCUUGGGCCCGGGGGUGGGAGGGAGGGAGUGGGUUGAAAAACUCAUCAAGAACACAGAAGU